AUGAGGAGGCCAAGUGGGGGGGUAACCUCCACCCUAACCCCCCCACUAAAAGUGAAGGAAAAGAGCCCGGGGACGAAGAGAAGGAGCACCCGGGCCACAACGGAGCCUCCUCAACCUGGCCCGCCCCAACGAACCAUCACCGCUGCAAGGAAGGUGACCCCCGCCGUCACGUAUGCAGAAGUGACUAGGGGCACGUCGACCGUCACUACAACGAUGACCACCCGGAGGAUGGCACGGGCAACCUCCCUCCCGCCCGUAUCGAAACAAGAGGAAGCCGGGGGCGCAUCCACCACCCAAGCGCCCCCCACCAGGCCAGUGACGGCGACGUGCACUUUCGCGACGGCGGGGACACUGACCUUAACGACGACCUCGGUUUAUAGCAAACCGGUGGCCGUCGUCACCGUCGCCACAAGAAGGAGCGGGGGGGGAGCCUCACCGAGGGGGAUCAAGAAAAGGAUUCAAGAGGACACGGUGCUCCUGGAGUCCGCGCCGACGACCAGAGCGCGGGCUGCCAGGGCAACCACAGAGCCCCCUCGGACCCCCCCCAGGACAAGACAGGCGACCAAGAUGAGGAAGAGCCCACCAACAUCCAUGGGCUCUGCGACGGUGAACGACGUGGCCACCUCAAGGACACCAGAAGAGCGCCCUGUAACAAGGAGAAGCACCCGGGCGAAAACUCUAUCGCCCGGGUCGACACAAGAGAAGACGACGAGGGGGGACGGACCUACCACCCUACCGUCCCCCACUACAGGGCGCCCCGGGAGGAGGUUGAUCCUCCCAGCUAUAGCCGAGGCGUCGCCAGCGGUCACUGCGGCGCCGGAUAAGGAAAAGGAUAAAGAAAAGGAAAAGGAGAAGGAAAGAAGACUAGGGGAGGAAGAGGAUGUAGGGGGCUGGCGGGACGUCGUGCCGUGGAAAACGAGGAGAAGGGCUGGACGGCAGGAAGAGGAGGGAGUUAUGACGACCCCGCCACCGAAGACGCCGACGCGGCAGCCACGGCAACAUGUACAAGAAGAGGAAGUGGUCCGGGAGCCACUCGUGAAUAAGUAA